AAUUCAUGCCAAAUGGCAUGGGAAUGGGGCCAUCUUUUCCAGGCCCCGGAUCUCGCACUCCGUCUCUCGUCGGGUCCCUGCAGAGCUCCCCAGCCCCAUCUAUGUACGCAUCACCAUCUCUUCUUUUCUCUUGUCAAUGGUCGCAAUGUCACAUGUCUUUCGCCACUCUGGAAGAGCUCAAAGCGCAUGUGGACUCUCAACAUCUUCAUCUUCCUGGGGUACACUGUGCCCACGUGGCACCACCUCUCCAUCAUACACAUGUUCCUAUCCAGGCCAUGUUCGACCCAUCGUUGUUCGGUAUGGACCAGAACGGCGCUACCGAAUGUUUGUGGGGCGAUUGCGGUUCCGAACUGCCGCCAGAGCUAGAGCCAGGAAGCAUCGCGAGCGCCCUUGCAAUGGCCGAACAUCUGCUGCAAGACCAUUUGAACCUCGGACCGAUGGACAUCGAUCCGUCCCUCAGUCAUCCGACUCCAGUAGCGUCAAUGCCGACCAUUUCUCCCGUUUCCCCAACUUUUUCUCUCAACAGUCAAACGGCUUCCCGCGCCUCUUGCUCGACAACAGAAGAGCACGUAUGCGAAUGGCAGAAUUGCAAUGCUGUGUUCAGCUCGGCAGCGGAGCUCAUGCAUCAUCUUACGAAUUAUCAUGUCGGAUCGGGGAAGAACGAAUAUUGGUGUCGAUGGCGCGGAUGCGACCGUAACUCCGAAGGCAGAGCCUUUGCUAGUAAGCAAAAGAUUCUGCGGCAUGUGCAGUCUCAUACGGGUUAUCGCCCCUAUGAGUGCGACGUCUGUCACCAGUUCUUCUCGGAGCCGGCAACUCUGCAGCAGCACAAGAGGCGACACACAAAUGAGAGGCCAUUCGUCUGUGAUUAUCCUGGUUGCAACAAGGCAUUCGCUAUUGCUGGCGCCCUCACAAUCCAUAAGCGCACGCACAAUGGCGAAAAACCAUUCAAGUGCACCUACUGUGACCGAGCAUUUUCUGAAUCUUCCAAUUACACCAAGCAUUUACGUACGCAUACUGGUAGCAAGCCUUAUCUCUGCCCGGAAAUGGGCUGUGGCAAGCGCUUCUCACGCCCCGAUCAACUGAACCGUCAUCUGCAAACUCAUAAGACUGCUGCACAUGCGCGCACCUCGAUGGAUGAGAGCGAUGAUGAUGGACUGUAACAGUAUCACUGGGUUGAAUGGAUCCCUCACAACUGCUUUCUUGUAGCCAAGACUGUAUUUUUCAUCAUACGCUCGUUGUGUAGAGUGUAACAACCGUCUGCAUGCAAU